AUGAAGAUCCAAAAUUCAAAAGAAAGCACUCCAGUAUUUCUUCUAAAAUGCGGGCUCUUUUUUAUGCUGCAAAUAGCAUGUAUACGUGGGAUGGAGAGAAAUGAGGAGCUAAAAGAGUUCGCUCAAACGCACUCUCUUCGCAUUAAAUCCCCCGAGGGCGCGAGCACCCGCACUUUUCUGCCUCCACGGGAGAGCUCCGAAAGGGCGGACUACAGCCCAGAGUACGCUCCGGAGAAUCCACUCCACUACCUGCGCUGCGAGACUGACCAUUACAUCGAUCUCUCUCCGCUGGACUUUCCCAAGGGCAAGCAGGAGUUCUACAUGCUGAGUCCUGUCCCGCGCGUGCAAACGUACAUGAACAGGGAGUACUACAGGAUAGACUUCUCCAAGAUCAAGACGGACGACACGUCCAGCUCGCAGAAAUUCUUUGAGUGUAUGCACAGCCUCCUGGACUGCGCGUAUGUGAAGCUUCCGCUGUACUUUGCCUGCAUCACAAACCUCCCGGGGAGUCUCCAGAAAGAGGAUAUUCCUGCAGUCUUCACGUACUGCGAGAACUUGCACAAGAAAGAGCGUGUGUAUGUGCGCCCAAGUAUAUGCUGCGUAUUGGUGAACCCAGAGUCUCCAUAUCCGCUUUUCGUCCGGUCUUUGUGCAGGUUUCUGGUGCUGAACUACAAUAACGUGCAGAUCCUCGUGCAGCCGUGCAAAAAGUGUGCGAAUGUGAACGCCUACACAUGCACGUGCUUUGACGUUUUCUACGUGCUUGACUUCUGGCUGUGGAAGAUGCAGGCUCACUCCGGGUUCUUCAGCAGGCAGCAGGGAUGGUUUCUCCCGUACAGGGUGGGCAUUCUCUUGGACUGUCCUGGGGUCCUAUACCUGCGCGAGAAAGUGCAUCUGCAAACACUCCGGGAGCUUCUUACGAUUGAAAAGACGUAUGUUUCCGUGCGUCUGGUCGUGAAUACGCUGAAAAUCCACUAUACUCUCCUCCGAGAAUUUAUGUUUUUCAUGGAGGCAUACACGCAGAACGUAUGCAAGACUUCUCUCUCCGUUGAAGUGCAAAAUAUCCAGGUCAUUUUCCCAGGGCGCCCAGAAGGUCUUACAGCGGAAGAACUUAGCAAGCACGUAUCCCAGGAGGUUUCAGCCUUGGAAAGUCUUACGCUGGUCUCAGAUACUCUGCUCUCCCUGCGGUGCAUGGAGUUCAACACGUACAAAAGCAUCAAGUUGUGCUUCCGGAAUGUGAAGGACAUUCUGCCAACGCAUGUUCUGCCUGUCCUAAACCUGACAAAUCUAACGAUAAGCACGCACGACCCGAAGUCAACUCCAGAAAUUUCGUUUGUUCUUUUCUCUUUCCCGUUCCCGUACACGCCGAAGGGGGGAAAGUACGACCCAGACGCCCUCAAGGCGAUGCACUCCCUCCAGCAGGGGAUACUCUCCGCUAAAAGCCCAGACGCAAAGAAGCUCCGAGAGAAAAGACACUUCCCUUGCUCCCCGCACCUAUACCACUCAAAAGACGUUAUUUCUCUGUUUUUGUUCACGUUCCUGCAGACGAUGAAAGGCCAAGACGCAGAGACAGCAAAACGAAGGAAUGCGGUGUUCGAGACAAACCCCACGCACUUUCUGAAAAAUAACUCUGCCACUUUGCUGGCCUCGUUUAUCAUUCAGUCAGAGACUCCCACCACGACCCCAACAGAGACAUACGCAGUUCUGUACAACUUUAAAAGCAAACAGCUUGAGUUCUUUACUAAAGCCAUAAGCUGCAAUGAAUCAGGGAUUUGGCGGUCGUGCCUGGGCGAAAUGCGGCCUAUUGUGAGGAUGGUCGUAUAUGUGGACUGCCCCUACAUGCGGGAAUAG